AUGUUUGCAUCGGAAGAGCCUUCAUUGAGCCAUGACAUCCACAAUUCAACGACGACAACGACAAAGGUUCAUACAACAACAACAACGAAUCAUCCUACCAAUUCCGAUACAACCACAGCAACAACACCAUCACAGCCUUCUUCUCCAUCAUCAUCAUUAUUAUUAUUAGGUGGUGAUACAAACAUGAUGAUGAAGAAAACUGAUUCUUCUGUAAAUUCCGUCUCUUCAUCACGUAAUGCCACCACCACAACAAACACCACCAACAACAACAACAAUACUCAUUCAACUCCUGUAUCACCGACCAUUUCCAUCUCCUCAUCAUUUCCAAAACUAUUUAAAAAUUCUUCUUUAACUCCGAGAAGUGCUGUUGAACGAUUUGUGCAUACAAGUACCUCUACGACCAAUAGAAAUAGUCUUUCAAAUCGACACAAUAGUAUAAUACUAGGGAGUACAGGCGGUGAGCAUGCUAACCAUGACAAUUUGCAGAAAAUAUUUGAUAAAUUAAAUACCAUUGGUUCCACACAUCAAAUGAUGAAAGAAUUAUUAGAUGCUGAAAUUAAGGGAAAUCAAAAUAUUCAAGAAGAAAUAAUUGAAAUGAGAAAUAAAUUUGAAGAAACGAAAGAAGAAAUUACAAAAAUGAAUUCAAGAUUGGCUCAGGAAUUAGAAAGUAAUAAGAAACAGAUGUCACAACUAGUUUCAAGCUUAAGAUAUUUAAAUGUAUCUGAUAAUAAUCCAUUGAAUGAAGAUGACUAUGAUGGAGAACAGAGUAUGCAUGGCGAUUCUUCAUCAACUAUUUCAUCCUCUUCUGUCAUUAAUAGAAAAUCUCAAAGACUAUUCAAUAAUUCAGGUCAAUUUCUAAAUAAUCAAGUUCUCUCUCCAACAUCAAAUAACAUUGUUUCAACUCGAAGUGGAGCAAGCUCCAAUAGAAAUUCAACCAUCUUACCGUCUCCAUCCCCUUUCUCCUCAACAUUGCUCAUUUUGUUAUUUAUUUUAAUUUCUUUGCUGAUUAUAUUGAUAAUUUUUGCAUUUACAGAUGCAGGAAGAGUGAUGACUGUCAGGAAACCGACAUUUUAG